GAUCAACUGUUUGCUGAUCUUGAGGUGUGGCACCAGCCCCUCGAUCAAGCGGUGCAAUGGCCUCAAGUAGUUCUUCUUUGAUAGUCUUAGCAUCUUUGCCUUUCUUCAAAAAGGAAGGAAAGAAUGAAACUUUUGUUCUCCAUUUGCUCUGAGAGAUAGAAAGGGAAUGGUUGGAAUUGGAGGGUCUGAUUGGAAAGUGAGAAGAAGAAGAAGAAGAGAAAUUGGACACUUUGGGAACUGAACAUGUGGUGUUACUGUUGAGAGCUGAAAACAGAGAGGGAGAGGAUAAGGCCAUGGGUUAAGUUCUCUCUUGAUUGCUAUGAGCUCCAAGCUUGAAUUUUUAGUAUCCAACAAAAGGUAUUAAUAUUAUUAGAAGAAUGGUGCCAAAGUUUCCCUUGACCCAGUUGAGGACAUCGCCUGCCACGCCCACCUAUGCCUAUGCCUAUGUGAUUUCUUCCCACAGAGAUUUUCCUGCAUACAAGUUUUCUACAAGAAUUUUCUCAGAGCAAAAGUUUCCCUUCAAGUUCCUGCCACAGUCAUUAGGGGACAAAUGGAAGCUGAAUGACUUAAGUGGUAGUUCUAUCCAAGAAAGAUUCAAUGUCUUGAAGUCGAGGACCCAAAAUUUUUUGAAUGAAGUGACUUUUCCACUUGCAAAACCUGGUCUAAGUAGGAAGCCUGAUCCUGAAAAUGAUUUUGGAUUUCAAGUUUUGGAAGACAUAUUUAUGGUAGAGCUAACAAUUGACCGCAGAACGCCGUAUGGGAUUCUUUCUCUAGCUGCUGUUAUUUGUAUUGAACAAUUCAGCAGGAUGAAUGGAUUGACUGGGAGGAAAAUGCAGAAAAUUUUUGAAGCACUUGUGCCUGAAUCUGUAUAUAGUGAUGCCCGUAAUUUGAUUGAAUAUUGCUACUUUAGAUAUUUGUCAAGGGAUGGUUCUGACAUUCAUCCUUCCCUCCAGGACCCUGCAUUCCAGAGGCUGAUAUUCAUAACCAUGCUGGCUUGGGAAAAUCCUUACACUGAUAAACUUUCCAGCAAUGCAGAGAAGGCUUCUUUACAGAGUAAACUUGUCACUGAGGAGGCUUUUGUUCGUAUUGCUCCUGCAGUCUCUGGUGUAGUUGAUCGCCCCACAGUGCACAAUCUUUUUAAGGCUCUUGCUGGUGAUCAAGAGGGCAUAUCUGUCAGCUCAUGGCUAAAUUACAUCAACGAAUUUUUCAAAGUGCGUCAAAGACAGAUAUCAUAUCAGAUUCCAGAGUUUCCUCAACUUUCUGAGGAGCGGAUUUUAUGCAUUGGUUCCAACAGUAAACGACCUGUUCUGAAAUGGGAGAAUAACAUGGCAUGGCCAGGGAAACUUACUCUUACCGAUAAAGCAAUCUACUUUGAGGCAGUUGGCAUAUUGGGAGAGAAUAGAGCCAUGAGAUUGGAUCUUACAUAUGAUGGAUUGAAGGUAGAGAAAGCAAAGGUUGGGCCUUUAGGGUCUGCUCUUUUUGACUCUGCAGUUUCUCUUUCUUCUAACUCACAGUUAAAUCGGUGGGUGCUGGAAUUCAUUGAUUUAGGAGGUGAGAUGAGUAGGGAUGUUUGGCAUGCAUUUAUAAGUGAAGUCAUCGCUUUACACAAGUUCAUAAAUGAGUACGGACCUGAUGAUUCUGAUGAAUCAAUAUUUAAUGUAUAUGGAGCUCAUAAAGGAAAGGAUAGAGCAACAACCAGUGCUAUUAAUGGUAUUGCUAGACUCCAAGCCCUUCAAUAUUUGCGGAAGUUGCUUGAUGAUCCCUCCAAGCUUGUUCAAUUCUCAUAUUUACAAAAUGCACCACAUAGCGACAUUGUCCUCCAGACAUUAGCUGUUAACUAUUGGGGAGGUCAACUAAUUACAGGAUUUGUAAAUACCCACAACCAGCCAGAAACUCAACCAUCUGAUGAAAUAGCGGACAGCCGCAACCAUGUUUUUGACAUAGAUGGAAGUGUCUACUUGCAGAAAUGGAUGAAAUCUCCAUCUUGGGGAUCUAGUACUUCCACUAAUUUUUGGAAGAGCACUUCAGUGAAAGGUUUAAUCCUAAGUAAGAAUCUUGUAGUGGCUGAUUUAUCACUCACAGAAAGAGCAGCAGAAACAAGCAAGCAAAAGUACCGGGUUGUGGAGAAGACUCAAGCCACCAUUGAUGCUGCAACUCUAAAAGGCAUACCCAGUAACAUUGAUCUUUUCAAGGAGCUAAUAUUUCCUCUUACUUUAGCUGUCAAAAACAUUGAAAAGCUUAGGCGCUGGGAGGAGCCACACUUGACUGUUGCAUUUCUUGGACUCACCUAUACAAUAAUUUUUAGAAACUUGCUGUCAUAUAUGUUUCCCAUGAUGCUGAUGAUUUUGGCAGUUGGAAUGCUAACAAUCAGGGGCCUUAAAGAGCAAGGUCGCCUUGGGCGAUCUUUUGGUGAAGUUACAAUACGCGAUCAGCCACCAUCCAAUACUUUGCAAAAGAUUAUUGCUGUAAAAGAUGCCAUGCGUGAUGUUGAGAAUUCUAUGCAGCAAGUGAAUGUCUCCCUUCUCAAAAUAAGAUCUAUUUUACUUUCUGGCCAUCCACAGAUAACCACUGAGGUUGCACUACUGCUGCUAUGUUCUUCAACCAUUCUCCUUGUUAUCCCAUUCAAGUACAUUCUUUCCUUUCUUCUCUUGGAUAUGUUCACAAGAGAGCUUGAGUUUCGGAGAGAAAUGGUUCAGAAGUUCAUGAAGUUUCUAAGAGAGCGGUGGCGUACGGUGCCUGCUGCCCCAGUAUCAGUUUUGCCAUUUGAAAAUGAAGAAUCCAAAUCAGAAAUUUACUUAAAAGAAAUUGAGGAGAAAUCAAAAUCACAAGGAAAUCAGAGCAAUGGAAAGUCCAGAUAGUUAGCAAUACCAUUUUCAGGGUUACUUACAGAUAAUAUAAAGGUGUGAAUUUUGUUUCAAUUUUUGGUAAAGAAAUAUAGGAAGCUCGUGUACUAGAUUUUCUCUCUUUGCAUGUCACAUGGAAUGCUUGAGUUGGGUAGUUUUCAGUUUAAACUAUUCUCUCUGACGUUGAAACUGUUCUCAUUGUUAGUUCUCAUUGAAGAAAAUGUACGAUUAAUAACAACAGAGAAUUUCUAGUGUUUAUGCUUGGUUUGGUGAAGGCUUUUAGACAUCCUCGAGUCAAUUUCUGUUGACCUUAACAGCAGUCAAUGAAGCAACAAUAAUAUGGGUGCAGUGUUUGAUUCCUGCAUUAAAAAGUAUAUGUUAGCAAGAAUAAUGAUAGUCGAGAAGAACAUGAGGAUUAAUUAAGAGGAUGUAGAAUUAUUCUAACAAGAACAUAUUGUACAUGUCAAUGAUCUACUCCAUUAUGAAUGUGUGAUAAUAUUGUUCAUGAAGAGUAAACUUAUCUCAAUCCACAUGAUGUAAUAAUGAAGCCUGCUCCCAAACAUGUUAUUAUACUUGGUCAUCAUGUGCAAAAGUUAAAAGUGCUUGGAUAGUCUGAGGGUAACAUCAUAAAAAUGAGGUUCAGCAAUGGGCUUCCCGGCCGCUGCAGUGUAUGCUACUGCCACAACCACAUGUUUGACCUGUUGUAGCCCAUACCCUUCCACAGAAGCUUGUGUACACUGGCUUGGUCAGGAUUCAGUGCAUUGCCACUUAUUGUCUCCUUGCAGUAAUUUACUAUACUAAAAAGUUUUGCUGCUUCCACAAGGUUCUGGUGCUGCCUCCCAGCACAUCGC